CGCUGUCACUCGUAUCUUUUUUAACAGUGCCGGUGAAAAGUGAAAUCAGUUAGGCCUCUCUUUUCGGACGAUCGUCAUUUGAACCCUGUUUAACAAAAGUCAUGAUAUACCCAUUUACGUCAAUUAUUCUGGAAUCAAAUCAACACUUGUCAAACCGAUACUUUCGAUCUGAAUUUUAAAAAAAAACCUUUUCUCUUAUUGAUAAAAAGAAAACCGACUUCUUCGUAUAAUGAUAAUUUUGGAUUAAACUCAUUAAUGCAUGCUGAAAGGACAAGGUCAUCUCCUGCCUAAUAAAGAUAUAUACUUUCAUAUAAAUAGCACAAGAGAUAUAAAAAACAGUACAAUUUACUGGUGAGAUCAGAGAUAAUGUUCAGUGAUAAGCCGUGUUGAUUUAUUUAAGUUGUUUAUGUGCGAUUUUACAAGACAAAAGCUACUUUGUAAUAGUAUUAUAAUCAAAUGAUAAUGAAUAACUUUUUUUAUAUGUAAGAGCGAAUAAAUCAUAAUAGACAAUGAAACCUGAAAUGCACAAAUGUCUCAACAUUUAAUUUUUGAUGUUUACUAUAAUAAAUAUAUUAAACAGAUUUCAUCCUUUCCUUUUCCUUAAAAUGAAGGCAAAUUAAAAAAAAAAUUCUACUGUCAUAACAAUGCUUAUUUUUACUGCAUAUCUCUAAUCUUCACUAGUAUCUUUCAAUAAUAAUAAUAAUAAAUAAACAUAAUUGAAAAAAGUUAGUUAAUAGAAAAUUAAACGGUAAUAAGCAGAAGGUGGAAAAAUACCUAUUGCUGAGGCCAUUAAUUUAUUGAAAACGUGACUUCUCUUAAUUUCAUUUACAAUUAACUUAAAAAAUUUAUUUUCCACUUAUUGUUCAUGUGAAUUAACAUAUUAUAGAAACGUUGCUUGUUAUACUACUAUCAUUGAUUAUUACUUUCAAUUAUUGCUGACAAGACUAUUUUGGUGGAUUGAAUAUACUGUUCACGGAUGUACUAGUCCUGGAAUCUUUUUACACUGAGAAUUUCAUAAUCAAUUGUAACUUUUGUAUUAAUUUAAAAGGUGGUUUAUCUACAAUUUGUAAAGAAGAGGUGAAAUUAUUCAUUCUAUUAAAAUGGAUUUUGUACCUAUCUGGCUGCCGUUUGAUUAUUUACUCUCCAUCAUUUGCGGCUUCAUUGUAGUACACCUAUUUAUGAUUUAUGGAUUUGGAUUUACCGCUUUUCUUCCCCGACCUUUCAACAUGCAGUACUUGUGCUACUCUGUUGCAAUGAUACCAGGAAAUGAAAGAGAUGAUGUUGAACGAGGAGGAAAAAUCAUAAUGCCACCUUCUGCCCUUGAUCACCUUACCAGACUGAAUAUUAGUUAUCCAAUGUUGUUCCGGUUGACAAAUAACAAAGAAAACAGAACAACACAUUGUGGUGUCCUUGAAUUUAUAGCAGACGAGGGUAAAGUGUAUUUACCCAAUUGGAUGAUGCAUAACUUACUGCUAGAUGAGGGUGAUAUAAUAAAAAUUGAGAGCAUUGCAUUGCCAGUAGCAACAUUUUCAAGAUUUCAACCGAUGUCCUCAGAAUUUUUAGAUAUAUCAAAUCCCAAAGCAGUUCUUGAAAAUUGCCUUCGAAGUUUUGCAUGUCUAACUGCUGGUGAUACCAUUAAUAUUAAGUACAACCAAAAGGAUUAUGAAUUGUCAGUUCUUGAGACUCAACCAGGGAAUGCAGUGAGCAUAAUUGAGUGUGAUAUGAAUGUUGAGUUUGCUGCUCCUGUUGGUUACCAAGAACCGGAAUCAUCAAAAGAGGUUUCACAACAAGAAUCCGAAAAUUUAAUGGUAGAUCAAACUGGAUUUGUUAUGUUCGGAGGCACUGGCUACAGAUUGGAUGGAAAAGACAAAAGAUCAGAUAAUGGAGGUACAGCUAAGAUACCGGCCAAAGUGGGAAUUCCUGAUUAUGAUUGGAAGUUUGGAACUUUAACUUUUAUUCGGAAUGUAAAAGCUCUUCCUAAAGAGGUAAAAAAGGAUGAAACCAAAUUCCUGCCAUUUUCAGGAAAAGGGACGACCCUAAGUAAACCCAAAUCAUGAACUUUUCAACAGUUUAUUUAAAUAUUGUUCUCGUUCAACUCGUCCUAAAUGUUUUCCUUGGUUAAAUAAAAAAAUUGAAUUGUUAAA